AUGGGUGCAGCAGAGCAUCCAAAAAGAUCGGAGGAGAAGGAUGGCGACGACGCAAGCUCACUGGAUACCGAGCCGAGUGUGUUCAGGGGGGUUGGAUCCUCUCGCCAGAGCCAGAACCAGAACCAGAACCACAGCCAGAGCUGCAGGGUAAGGCAAGGCAAGGCAACAUGAGCCUUGAAGCCGGCGACAAGUGGUUGGCUCUUUCUGGAUUCCGGGAGAAGCGCACCCAUACCAUGGUAUGCUGGUCCAGCAGUGAGAGGACCGUACCGGCAGACCUAAAUUGCUUGGUAUUUUACCUUUCAUAUCCAGCCAAGAGUGCUACUCCAUCUUCUUGA